CGUAAUAAAGUAAAACUCCAGGUACCUUUUGAAGAUACGUUACUUCUGGGAAGCUUCUUGCUUUCUCCUUUUUUACCUGCAGCAUAUCGAAAACCUUAGACGGAAGUCUUUCUGCCUCUCUCUGCUGUACCUCUCUACAUUUGUCCACAGACUCGACAGCACUCAGCUCAACUGUUCGACAUAUUAUGACAAAACCCCAACUCUCAUCACUCUCACUCUCAUUUUCUCACACAAGCAAUUCCACAAACACCUUCCCUACACUCUUCAUUCUCGCGUUCUCGCAACCGCAAACCAUGAUUCAACGAUCACACCAUUACCGGCGAAACCACCUCCGCGCUGUUCCUCCGGCGACCUCCGGGAGGGCUCUAGCGCUUCAUACGUUUCCUCCGGAGAGUGGCACCGGAGAGCUCGUUCGCCGGCGCGGCGGCCUCAUCUCCGUCCCCGUGAAGCUUUGGUCGCCGCCGGAGACCCACCGCCGGAUGACGAAGCUCCUUCUAAACGUGACGAUCGAGAGGAGCUUAGGACCUGUGCAGGUGGUAAUGUCGCAGGAGAACACCGUCAGCGAUUUGAUCAAGGCGGCCGUAGAGAUUUACGUGAGGGAGAAGAGAAGGCCUUUGGUGGAGGAGACCGAUCCGCACCGUUUCGAGCUUCACUACUCGCAGUUCAGCUUGGAGAGUUUGAAGGGAGAUGAGAAGUUGAUAAAGUUGGGGUCUAGGAAUUUCUUCUUGUGCAGCUCAAAGUCAAAGCCCUCUGCCAAUCAUUCUAAUUGCUGCGGGGAGGCAAAGAAGGCAACCAGGAAUUCUCCAUUUCCUUGGGCAAAGUUUAUGGAUUUCUUGCUGUAAAUUAAUGUUGCUUUUUCAUGAUGUAUUUUCAUCAAUCUUGCAUGUUUAAUAGAAACAACAAUUCAAUA